AUGGCUGAAGUUGAGAUGCCAGUCUAUUCAUAUUUAUCUAUCUAUCCAUCCGAGUCUAUUCAUAUCUGUCUAUUCAUAUUUAUCUAUCUAUCUAUCCAUCUAAGUCUGUUCAUAUCUAUCUAUCCAUCUGAGUCUAUUCAUAUCUAUCUUGCCAUCUGUCCAAGUCUAUUCAUAUCUAUCUAUCUGUCCAUCUAUCUAUCCAUAUCUAUUGAUAUCUAUCUAUCUAUCCAUAUCUAUCUUCUAUUGAUAUCUAUCUAUCUAUCCAUAUCUAUCUGUCUAUUCAUAUCUAUCUUGCCAUCUGUCCAAGUCUAUUCAUAUCUAUCUAUCUGUCCAUCUAUCUAUCCAUAUCUAAGUCUAUUGAUAUCUAUCUAUCUAUCCAUAUCUAAGUCUAUUGAUAUCUAUCUAUCUAUCUAUCCAUAUCUAAGUCUAUUGAUAUCUAUCUAUCUAUCCAUAUCUAAUCUAUCAUAUCUAUCUAUCUAUCCAUAUCUAUCUGUCUAUUCAUAUCUAUCUAUCCAUAUCUAUCUGUCUAUUCAUAUCUAUCUAUCCAUAUCUAAGUCUAUUGAUAUCUAUCUAUCUAUCCAUAUCUAUCUAAGUCUAUUCAUAUCUAUCUAUCUAAUCUAUUCAUAUCUAUCUAUCUAUCCAUAUCUAUCUAAGUCUAUUCAUAUCUAUCUAUCUAUCUAUCUAUCUAUCUGUUUACCCAUAUCUAUCUAUCCAUCUAAGCUGCACAAUCCACACUCUCCCUUUCACCACCCCUCUUUUACCACUCUAGCCUUGUUUACAGAUGUCCAUCUAUCUAUCUAUCUAUCUAUCUAUCUAUCUCAUUUAUCUAUCCCCAUAUACAUCUAUCUUCAGUUACACAUGUCUAUCUGGUCUCAUCUUUAUCAAUUUAUCUACUCCCAUUUACAACUGUCUGCCUAUCCCUCUUUACAUCUAGUCCCAUUUACAUCUGUCUAUAUGCAUUUACAUCUAUCUCUUUCUGUUUAUAUUUUCUGUCAAUCUAAUACUGCUUGCAUCAUCUCAUUUACAUCUGUCUGUCUGUCUGUCUGUCUCUCUAAUCUUUCCUGUUUAUAUCUGUCUAUCUCUCUGUCUGUCUGUCUCUCAUCUUGUUUCCAUCUGACUCUCUCUCUCUCUCUCUCUCUGUACUCUCUUUUACAUCUGUCUCUCUCUAGUCUUGUUUACAUCUGUCUCUUUCUUUCUAGUCCUGUUUACAUCUGUUUAUCUCACUCUCUCUCUCUCUCAUCUUGUUUCCAUGUGACUCUCUCUCUCUCUGUACUCACUUUUACAUCUGUCUCUCUCUAG